UCUCUCUCGUGCUGCUCUCACCGGGAACAUGGAGAAAUCUACGCUUUUAUUUCCCCGCCGCGAGUGCGAGCUCGAGCAGGUUUAGAGCAUUUAGAUCCCCGUGAAAAAACAUGAGCGAGGAAUCAAACACAAACAGCGAGGAGAGUUUUGCGCGUGUGAGAGCGGUGGUCAUGACUCGUGAUGACUCCAGCGGCGGCUGGCUUCCUCUGGGCUCCGGAGGACUCAGCUGCGUCACCGUACACAAGGUCAGCCGGACCGAGGCCGACGGCUCCAGCGCAGCCCAGUUCCUCAUCCACGGAGAGCGGCUCAGAGACAAAACGGUGCUGCUGGACUGCGUCAUCAGGAGGGAUCUGGAGUAUAAUAAGGUCAAUCCCAUCUUCCAUCACUGGAGGAUCGGCAGCAAGAAGUUGGGCCUGACCUUCCAGAGCCCAGCGGACGCCAGGGCCUUCGACCGCGGGAUCCGGAGAGCCCUGGAGGACAUCAAACAAGGAGGCGCACCGUACAGUGACACAGACGCUCCUGAAGAGCCUUCAUCACAGGAGACGGUGUCUGUUGGUACUCCGGUGAGGGACGUCUUCUGUUCUCAUGGUGUCGUGUUUACUGAACCCUUCCACAGCUCUUAUGUUCAAGCUCAGCCCUUCAAUGAGUCUCUUACUGCCAGUCAGUGGUUCCUGCCACCACAGGUUUCCGCCAGCAGCAGGUGGCACGUGAGCUUUCACAUGGACGAUGAGGAGAUCGUCCGCAUCAACCCACUCAAGGACGUCCUCAUCCAAGGCUACGAGGACUACCGGCAGCCGGUGCUGUGGAAGCAGGACCCGGAGCGAGAGGAGCCCGACGCCUCCGCCGCGUUCUCCAAGCUGGAUGCCAAGGACUCGGUCAAGACAAAGCAGCCAUCGGGCCGGCGGCGGCGAGAGGACGGAGAGCGCUCGCACUGCAUCUACUGCAGAGAGAUGUUCAACCACGAGGAUAACCGGCGCGGCCAGUGCCAGGACGCGCCCGACCCCAUCAAGCAGUGCAUCUACCGGCUGAGCUGCAUGCUGUGCGCCGAGAGCAUGCUGUACCACUGCAUGUCCGACUCGGAGGGAGACUUCUCGGACCCGUGCUCCUGCGACGCCAGCGAGGAGCAGUUCUGUGUGCGCUGGCUGGCGCUGCUGGGGCUGUCUCUGCUGGCGCCCUGCAUGUGCUGCUAUCCACCGCUGCGCGCCUGCCACCGCUGCGGAGAGGCCUGCCGCUGCUGUGGAGGAAAGCACAAGGCCGCGGGCUGAGCUGUGAGGGUGCCGGACGGCGCUGCUUUCACUGACCCGAGACGGGUGGAGCGUCGCUCGUGGAGCACGGGCGGAGGAGCUCCUGACGUCUGGAGGAGUGUCCGGAAACAUACGCUGGGGCGCACAUCGCGUGUAUACUAUCGAGUCUUGUACAGAGCUCUAACACCGUGUCCCAACUACACGCCACGUGACAAGCAAUGUAGCUAUCCACACCAGACACGACAGAAUCAAUCAAACACCACAGCUAAUAAGAAGCGUGUCUUACAAACAAAUUUUGCGUGUCAUCGUCGCGGCUAGUUAGGACAAAAACUAAAAAAGAUACCUUUUAUCAUGUCGCAUUGUGUGUAGUUAGGACACAGUGUAAAAGGCGUACACUAAAGGGAUUUUCCUGCAGUUAUUAAGCGUGGCCUUUUCUUUUUGACACUAUCAGUACUAGCGGAGAAAUGCAUUAAGGUACAGACUCUUGUGCUCUUGUUUUGCUCCUGCAUCGUGUUCAGGACAAGCAUUUCUUAAAGCGCUGAUGCUUUCAAUCCAGCGGGCACUUGCUAUAAUCCCACAAGCACUUCGUCUACAGAAGCUCCUUCUGAUCCAGACUUUGACCGCAGAUGGUUUAAAACCCCGAGGGACAUUCAACACAGGACAAUAUAAGUGCUCAUUUUAAAUGCAUGUUUAUGUUGAUGCCGAAUCUUGUUUUGACUAAUAAUCAGAUGUUUUGUGCAAAGAUGAUCUGUCAGUGUUGUGGGAAAGAACGGUUUACUUUCUAUGCAAGUAUUUCCAUGAGACGCUCGGCUCUCAGACCUCCGGCUGUACAUAUCAACACUAUUCCCGCUGUGACGGUAUGUAUCGUGGUUUGAUUUUCAUCAUGUACACAGGUCACAUCUUAAUAUUGUUUCACAUUGAAAAGGAGUGGAGACGACGGAAAAGACGUCUUAGGUUUUAAUGGAGAUUCUCUCUAGUUUUGUAUCACAGAAUGACGAAUAGUAAAUAGUGCGUCUUAUGAAGCUGCUACAAACAAUCACUAACCGCAUCGCAAGAUUUAAUCGGAUGACUGUUAACCGUGAUCUAGUUCUCCAGUAUAGUUUAACCCUCGCCGCUCUUUUGUGUUGCUUCUUCUGGUGAUCGCUGGCGUCUGUGGAGAACGGCUGAUUUCUGCGGCUCCUCGAGGAUUAUGCAACGCUUCCGCGUGUCACGUUGUGUUCAUGUGACUACCAGUUUAAUCAGGUGCUGCUAUUGUUUAAUUUUAUUGGUGUUCUUCUCUAUUCCUGGAAGUAUGGAACGCUUCUCCAGUGUUGGCUCUUUCGUGGUGUAGUCGUGUGCUGGUGUUCUGCAGUACAGCGGUGUUUCUGAGCCUGUGAACUCGUUUAGUUUUAGUGCCAUCGGCUUCAUUCUCCUCCAUCUGAAGAAGUGCCUCACAUCUGCUUCUGCCGCUUUAUAUCUAUGUCUAGCUAUUUCUAUCAUGGUUUGAAAAUACUAAAUAUAUUAUGUAAUAUUUAUAGUUCAAUAACUCAUGUCAGAUGUAUUUUCUGUAUACAGAUGUACAGUAGCUUGUUACUUUCAUAAAUAUACAGUGUAAAUAUGCAUACAGAACUGUUUUUAUGUUACAGCAUACACUUAUUACAUCAGUUAACAUUACCAUGAAAAUAAAAAGAGAAAUUAAAUUA